GCCACCAACAGGAAACGGGCAAAACUGAUGCAGGAUGUGAGGGCCGAGGUCAGUGGUGGGGACUCCGCAGCACUGAUGAAGGAGGAACUGCGAAUCCAUCCUCGGGAUGAGCUGCAGAGGAUGCUGCAAGAGCUGAAGCUGGACAGGGUCCGCAUCCCUACAGGGCACCUGCUGGCAGCAAAAGGGGACAUUGGGAUGAACUGGAGUCAGUGUGCGAAACUUCGAAGGUGGCUGAAAGGAUACAAUGUAAGCAUGGAAAGUGAGAAAUCGUCUAGGGCUGUUGCAGCAGAGCUCCUUUCCAACAUUUCCAUAAAGGCAGAAAACUUACCAUUUUCUGUGAAGGGGAAAACAGACAGCACAGUACAGCUUCUGCCUUGCGCCUACGUUGAAUCACUCAAGGACGCCAUCUUUGACAACCUACAAAGAAAGGAGAAAGCAAACACCCUAACCUGGCAUGAUGGAAACAUCCCAGAGGAAAUCUGGGUCAAAAUUGGAGGAGACCAUGGAGGACCAUCAUUUAAAAUGGCCUUCCAAAUCCUGAACAAAGAGCACCCUAACUCCAAGUUCAACACUACUGUCUUUUGCAUUUUUAAUGCUAAAGACAGUAGGGAAAACCUGAACCUUGCUACAAGCAGGUAUUCGGCGGACAUUCAGGAUAUCCAACAAUCCAAAUGGAAGUGCAAAGAGGGGAAGGAACACUCUAUUCGUCUUUUUGUGUCAGGGGACUAUGCAUACCUCUGCCUGUGGUAUGGCCUAUCUGGUGCUUGUGGAACUAGCCCAUGUCUGUGGUGCUAUGUCACACAAGAAGAAAUCAAGGACAAGGACAGCUGUAGGCUACAAAUCCCCGCCAGAACCCUGGAGAGCUUGGCCAGAGACCACCAGAGGUUCCUGGUUGAGGGGGGAGGGAAGCUCAAGGUGGCCAAGCUAUACCACAAUGCCAUCAAACCCGUUAUGUUUGAUGUGCCGAUAGACCAGGUUAUUGUACCUGGUCUACACAUCAGUCUGGGUAUCUACCUAAAGCUUUUUAAGCUCAUGGAGAACGAGCUCCAUGACAUUGAUUAUAAGCUACAGUCCUACCUGGCAGCAGUCCUGGAGGAAGGUGACAUCACUAAGGAGGAACUGCUGAACGAUGAGCACCUUGGGAAGUUCAAGGCAUAUGUGGCUGCCAUCGAUGAAGCCCGGGAGCUGGAUGUGAAAGCCGACGCUCUCGAGGAGGAACUGGAGGAGGAGGAGAACAAGCUGGCGUGGCUGGCGUACAGCGAUGGUGAUGAUGAUGAUGAGAGGGCAGAGGCCGUGUUCCAGGCUGGCUGCAGCACAGUCCAGCACCUGUACCAGGAGAAGGAAAAGCUGAGGGACAGUGCAGUCAAAGUCAGGGAAAAGGCGUCAGUGAAGAAGGGAGAGGGCCCACUGGGAUCCCAGAUCGACCCGAUACUUCAGGAGUACCGGGUUUGUCGGCAACCCUUUCACGGCGAAUCCUUCAUUGGCAACCAUGUCAACACUAUGCUUUCAGGCAAGUACUAGUACUUGUUCUUUUAU